AUGGCGAAACUUUCCGACAAGGAAAUAGAGCAGAUUCUACUAGAGCUCUAUGACAGUGAGCUUUCAGAGCUAUCAGAGAGUGAAGAGACUGGACCUGAAACUGUUGGAGAUACAGCAGAUGCGAGAAAUGAAGAAGCACAAUGGGAGUGCCGCACCUCACAAAAUGAAAGAGAUGCUCUAGAACCUGAAAAAGAAGUUUCACAAGCAGAAAAUGAACAGCCGCAAGAUAACUUCAAAUGGAAAAAAAUGCCUUCCACAUGCCUUGGCACUACAGUCAGUGGUCCAGAUAUUACAGCUGAUGAAAAAGGAGUCGGAAGCAGAUGCGGCGACCUGAGAGGCAACGGCACAACACAGGCGGACGAGAACGCCAUCGUAGCUGCCCACAACGAACUCCGUAACAGGGUGGCCUCUGGCGCGGAGGGCCGCGGCAGUCCUGGACCCCAGCCGUCGGCAUCCAACAUGAACGCUCUGGUGUGGGACAGUGAGUUGGCGCAUGUAGCUCAGAGGUGGGCCGAGCAGUGCCGCUUCGGUCAUGAUUCGUGCAGGGAUGUGGCACGGUUUAGCGUCGGGCAGAACGUCUUCCAGUCCAGUACUACCGGCACGCCGCAAGGUCCGCAGUGGCGCAGAGCCGUACAGGCUUGGUAUGACGAGGUCGCAUCCUUCAGCAGAAACAACGUCAACAAUUACCGAUUCAGUGCAGCAACUGGCCAUUAUUCACAAGUUGUAUGGGCUGUCACACGCUACAUCGGGUGUGGCUACACAGCAUUUACUGAACCAGGUGGCUGGACUUCACAGCUGUACGUGUGCAACUAUGGACCAGCGGGGAAUUUCAUUGGCCAAUCUGUGUACAUCACUGGACAAAACUGCUCCAGAUGUGUCAAUGGCUGUCAUAGCAAUUACACUUCACUUUGUGCUUAG